AUGGCUAGCACAACCUCGGCUUCCGUCACAGCUGGUGACUACUUCUACGUGUUCUUCAACGAGAACGGGAACACCAAGAUCCAUGGCUAUAGGUUUACGGAAAGUGACAAGAAGCCUGAGGCGUUCACCGUUGUUGUCGGUACAGCUGCCAACAUCUCGAAGGGUGGAGAAAUUGCCGCUCUCUACCUGUCAGGCAGCGACGAGAUCCAUCUCUACUACAUCGGAAUCGAGACCGAGCCCAAAGACCCCACGGAUGUCCACUGGAACCAGCUGACGGAAGCCUGCUUGCAAGGUGCUAAAGCCAAGGGCACAGAUCCUGCGUCGUGGACCCUUACUGGCAUGGACCUGAACAAGAAAGAGUACAAAGUUGAUGUCGGCUCCUACCUCGCCGCUUCUGUGAGUGCCGAUGACAAUCAUUUCCCACGAGUCUUUUACCGCGCCAAGGAUACAACCAAAGUUUCAAUGGCGGAAUUCAAUAUCGAUUCUACUACUCACGCGAAAGACUGGACAACGACCCCGCUCACCGGCACGAGCGCAUGA